AAAUACCUAACUACGGCAAGUGAAAUAGGACAUAGCUAUUUUUUUGUGCAUCCGUUUCUGCACUGUCAACGCUUGGCUUGGUUGUUGGGCGGAGCUGCUGGGAACAAUGAUGUCGGAGCAGGAGGCUCUGAAGUGCUCCAGCGCAAGAAACCGUGGAGGAACGCAGCGGGUUGAAGGGAAACUGCGAGCCAGUGUGGAAAAGGGAGAUUACUAUGAGGCUCACCAGAUGUACAGAACCUUAUUUUUUAGGUAAGAAAUUUGAAUUUUCGUUAGCCUGGCUAAGUUAUCAGUUGGCUUCUGGGCCUUCAUUUUCCUGAUCUUUCUGCUUGUCAACCUUGCUGCCUCCAUUAUAUUGUAUCAUUGGUCGAUUCAUGGUACUGCCCCACCCACUCGGGUCUGUCCUUAUUUUUGAAUGGACAGUUUUAUACGUCAAUCUCUCAGUCACAGAAUGGGAAUUAUCCGCCUAGCUAGCUAGCCUAGUUAGCUAAAUGUCAAUGUCGCAAUAAUAUGCUAGCGCUAACCCAUUUACAAACGCUAGCUAGUUACCUACCCACAAUGCCCAUGUUCGUUUAGUGAAGAUAUAGUUCACUAACCUGGCACACUUACAAACAGUACAGACUGUCACUCCAAGCCCAGAAAAAACCAUGUCAAGUACAAGUACUAGUUAGCUAACGCUAACUAACUUGCCAUCUAGCUUGUUUUGUAGUUAGCUAGUUUCUUUUAGCUACAUUUACAAACCAACUAACGUUAGCUAGUCAACUUUGCUAAGCAUGCACAAUCAAUUAAGCUAUUGUAGGUAUUGCCCAUGAUUCAUGACUACCCAUCACCAUCACUAUGGUCUCAUUCAUUAACUUGCUGUUGGUUGUACUUCAAUGUUUGACAGUCAUGACAGGUAGCCUAACUUCACAUGAGAACUGUGUGGGCACAGCCUUUACGUUAACUAAUGGUGUUUUCACAUAUAGUCCUCUUUAAAAUAACUGAUCUCAGUCCUCUUUAAAGUGAACUCUGGGGUAAAAAAAAAAAAAAAAAGAACUCCGUUCUCUUUGCAUUCACAUUGCUAUGUUUAGAAAGGAACCAAUAUAUUUUUCCAACAUUCACUCAAUGCACUCUGGGUAAAAGUAAGGGACAAGCCAUUUCAUCAGAAUGUGCUAUCGGACAGCUAGAUAAACCGACAUACAUUUUGGAAGCUAAUAUAUUGCAUUUUGUUAAAAGGUGACACAUAAUAAUGUAAUCAGAUAAUAAUAUUCACAUGUCAUUAUUAUUGGUAACAGAUUAAAUACCAGUAGAAUAACUGCAGGCCUAAUUGAAAACUGUACACCCAAUGUAGGCUACUGACCGUUUAAGAUCUAGAAUGGAUUGUGUAACUAUGUUGUGAUUCUCACCAAAUACACUACAUGACCAAAUGUAUGUGGACACCUACUCGUCAAACAUCUCAUUCCAAAAUCAUGGGCAUUAAUAUGGAGUUGGUCCCCCCUUUGCUGCUAUAACAGCCUCCACUCUUCUGGGAAGGCUUUCCACUAGAUGUUGGAACAUUGCUGCGGGGACUUGCUUCCAUUUAGCCACAAGAGCAUUAGUGAGGUCGGGCACUGAUGUUGGGCGAUUAGGCCUGGCUCGCAGUCGGCAUUCCAGUUCAUCCAAAAGGUGUUUGAUGGGGUUGGGGUUGAGGUAAGGGCUCAUCUAGAAUGUCAUUGUAUGCUGUAGCGUUAAGAAUUCCCUUCACUGGAACUAAGGGGCCUAGCCCGAACCAUGAAAAACAGCUGGUAGCGUUCUCUUGGCAUCCGCCAAACUCAGAUUUGUCAGUCGGACUGCCAGAUGGUGAAGCGUGAUUCAUCACUCCAGAGAACGCGUUUCCACUGCUCCAGAGUCCAAUGGCGGCGAGCUUUACACCACUCCAGCUGACACUUGGCGUUGCGCAUGGUGAUCUUAGGCUUGUGUGUGGCUGCUCAGCCAUGGAAUUCCAUUUCAUGAAGCUCCUGACAAACAGUUAUUGUGCUGACGUUGUUUCCAGAGGCAGUUUGGAACUAGAUAGUGAGAGUUGCAACUGAGGACAGACGAUUUUUACGCGCUUCAGCACUCGGCGGUCCCGUUCUGUGAGCUUGUGUGGCCUACCACUUCGCGGCUGAGCCAUUGUUGCUCCUAGACGUUUCCACUUCACAAUAACAUCACUUACAGUUGACCGGGGCAGCUCUAGCAGGGCAGAAAUCUGACAAACUGACUUGUUGGAAAGGUGGCAUCCUAUGAUGGUGCCACAUUGAAAGUCAUUGAGCUCUUCAGUAAGGCCAUUCUACUGCUAAUGUUUGUCUAUGGAGAUUGCAUGGCUGUGCCCGAUUUUAUACACCUGUCAGCAAUGGGUGUGGCUGAAAUACCCGAAUCCACUAAUUUGAAGGGGUGUCCACAUACUUUUGUAUAUAUAGUGAAUGUUGUUGUCUUCUCACACUCAAAUAAACAGCUUAUGAAGCUCUCUUAGCCUAUAGAUAAACAUAUUGCAAAUAAAUAAUCUGAACAUCGUGUCAGUACAAAACUCCACACAUUUUGGAAUUUCUGUGCAUCCUGGACAAUCGCUAAUCAAUAUCCAAAAACAGCACACAUUUUUUCUGCGAACCUGCACAUUAUCUUCUCUCUCCAAUGUGGCGGGGUUAUGGCAGGGGAAACGGUGUUGCAGUAGUCUAGUGUGUGGUGCGAAAAUAAUGACAAGCAAACCUGGGGAGCUUUAAAAAAGGGAACCAGACCACGCAAUUCAAGCGAACCGAACUGAGACCAGCUCUCAAGAUGGUCUCAGUUCAGUUCGGUUCGGGGGCUCUUUUGAGGGGUCUGAGUUCCUUUGGAGUGUUCACACUCAACUUAACUUCCCUUCAUUUUUUGUGGAGAUGACAAAAUGUAGCUGUAAGGGACCAAGUGUGAAAACACCCUAAGUGAAAGUUCACUGUUAUUAAACUAUUGUGUAUUGAGAAAUGUUGUCCCAGUGACUGAGUCCUACUUUUCAGCCCUCAGUAUUUCCUAGGGGGACCACCACACUACCAUUCCUAUUGCCACUUUCUUAACCUGGUUUGAAUGCUGUUUGUCAGUGACAUGACAUUUGCCAUCUCUGUUUGACACAGGUAUACGUCACAGGCAAAGCAUGCAGAUGCCAGGGAGUUGAUGUACAAUGGUGCCCAGCUCUUCUUCAGUUACAACCAGGUAUAAGAAGGCCUGCCACUGGGGCAUUCAUUAUGUUAAUGUCGUUUUUUUGCAUCUCUUUUUGAGUAGAGUCUAAGCGCUAUAGCUAGCAAUUUUUUUAAUUCACAACUAAACGGUUGUAGAAGAGUUCUGUGGCAAAUUGCUGUUUUUUUGUAAUCCGCAGCUAAACAGUGCUGCAGACCUGUCAAUGUUGGUACUAGAGUCUUUGGAGAAAUCAGAGGCAAAGGUAGAGGACGAAGAGUUAGGUGAGCUAACAUACAUCAUUCAUCGUAAUUAAACAAUAUAAACACAGUUAGUGUCAGUGUACCGUCGUCUCUGUGUUAACCUCAUCUGUGUUGCAUUGCAGAGCACCUGGCUAAGCUGUUCAGUUUGAUGGACCCUAACUCCCCAGAGAGAGUAGCAUUUGUGUCCCGCGCACUCAAGUGGUCCACAGGCGGUUCGGGGAAGCUGGGCGCUCCCAAACUGCAUCAGCUCCUGGCAGUCACCUUGUGGAAAGGUAUUCAAUGGAAAACUCUGAACAUUAAACUGCAAAGAUAUAAUUUUUCCCUGAACAAAGAGUUUGAAUAUGAUUGAAUUCUAUCUGUUUAGAGCAAAACUACAGUGAGUCUCGCUACCACUUCUUGCACUCCUCUGAUGGAGAGGGCUGUGCCCAGAUGCUGGUGGAGUACUCGGCGCAGCGGGGCUUUCGCAGUGAGGUGGACCUGUUUGUGGCGCAGGCCGUCCUACAGUAAGUCUCUGUCUCGCUGCACCUAGAUCUGUUUUCAGUCUGUCACCAAUAGCUGUGUGUUAUGUUGUUUAAUUGCUUGUUCAGCUCUGUCCCUCGUCUCUCUCUCUCUCUCUCUCUUUCCCUGCCUGCUCAGGUUCCUCUGUCUAAAGAACAAAAACAGUGCGUCUGUGGUGUUCAGCACAUAUACUCAGAAACACCCCUCAAUAGAGAAGGGCCCUCCCUUUGUCCAGCCCUUGCUCAACUUCAUCUGGUUUCUCUUGCUGGCGGUGGAUGGGUAAGGCCUUGUUUAUUCAACCACCCUUUGAAUAAAACCCACAUUGUUUUGCCAGGCUCUCAUAAAUGUGCCUCUCCUCGUGUGUUCUCCUCUACAGAGGGAAAUUAACAGUGUUCACAGUGCUAUGUGAACAGUAUCAGCCUUCCCUGAAGAGGGACCCUAUGUAUAAUGAGGUGAGCUUGACCCGUUAAUGAGUGUCCCUCCGUGGUCACGUAGCAUUAUAACUCAGCGUGGUGUCUAAUAAUCAUUCUCCUUCUCCUCCUCCUGUUACAUUGACUGCCUGCUGCGUCAGUAUCUCGACAGAAUAGGUCAGCUUUUCUUUGGGGUGCCACCCAAACAGUCCUCAUCAUAUGGUGGAUUGCUCGGUAAGUGCUUGUGACUCACUACACACUAUUUUUACAAACCCAUUCUGAUCACCAUUGAAAGCUACAUUGGGGAAACGGUAGGUUUUUGUGUUUCAUUGAAGUGUGUUCUGUGUCUGUCAGGAAACCUGUUGAACAGCCUGAUGGGCUCAGGUGAGGAUGAGGAGGGAGAAGAAGCACAUGAGGACGGCAGCCCCAUCGAGCUGGACUGAGAGCUCUGGGGCGAGCAAGGAUGACCCCCCCCCCCCCCCCCCCCCCCCCCCCCGGGGUAGCAGAGGUGUGCUGGUCCUCAGUUCCCCCAGACAUCCAACCAGAACCAGAACAAAAAGCAGGCCAAACCAUCCCACUCAGCACAACCUGGACUGCGCAAAAAUGCAAAUGCUUUCCGUUUGAGUUUUAUUUUGGUUUUAUUUUCAUCGUUUUUGUUUCUUAGUUUUGGACAAUUUUCUGUGUAGUUUUGGUUUUUAAAAAGGAAAAAUAAGCAGCUGCGAUCCUUCCUUCCUUCCUUCCUUCCUUCCUUCCUUCCUGGACUUCUUAUUUUCUCUCAUCCCCAGGGACAGAACAGAUUCAACAGUGGCUGCAUAUUCAUUUGUCAUAAUUAACUCAUAAAAUAACAGGGAGUAGUACUUUUUCUCCCCAUGCACCAUGCAUCCACCACAGGUGGAGGUAGUAAUUUGUAUUAAAGAGUUACUAUAACCAACUUGUAAUCCAUGUAAAUGUUCAAUAAUAAUCGAGUGAUAGGGGUGUGGUGAGCUGCAUGGUAUAGAGUCAGUGGAGAGAGAUAUACAGGUAACUGCCAAA